AUUCCCGUUUCUAAUUCCUCUAGGCAGCCUAUCUCGCCUGCUCCUCAGAGUCUUAAACCCUGUAAAGAGGAAGGAGUAGCCAUGGCUGUGGACAAAUCCAAGCUUCAAGACGAAGAUUCUAUUACUCGCUUCUGUAAAGUCAUUCUCGGCUGGGACUAUUUUCGCCUCCUCAAACAGUGCAGUAACUUUAAAGAUGCUGCAUCUGAUUUGAAGGAAGUUAAGGAUACGUACAAUGAUGUGGAUGAAUAUUUAGCUACUUUCGAGCCACUUUUAUUCGAGGAAGUUAAAGCACAGAUACUUCAACUGAAGAAGGAUGGAGAAGAAGAAGAAGGUAUGGAAGAAGGUAACCUUUCUCUCACGUUUGUAUUGUGCAUAUCAGCUGCGGAGUGGAAUCUAUGGCUGGAAAAAGAAUCCGAUGAGUCAGAUGGAAUUCACUUAAAAGCUGUUGCUUAUGAAACUGAUGAAGAGGAAUCAGUAUCACAACACGAUCUUCUGCUGCUUUCAAAAGAGCAGUUUAAAGGGGGCAUCAAAAGCAUCCCAACAACAUAUGCAUUUGCAUUGGUGGAGAAUAGACAAAAGAAUCAGCUUAGGCUCAGAAUGUACUUAGGCGGAGAGUUCAUUCGAGUCUAUCCUGAUGUUGAAAACUAUUCUGAGAGACUGUCCCGUAUGCAAGUUCUUUUAACUUCUGCUAAGGCAGUAAAUAGAUGCUUGUACACAAUAAAGAUUUGCAGUUUAUCGACCAUUGUCCGUGAGUAUGUAGCUUUACGUUCAGUUGGUUCUCUUCCUUUCAAGGAUUUAAUAUUAACAGCUUCUGAAAAGCACUCGGGUUCUAAGGAUCAAGCAUGGGAAAUUUCUGGAUCCCUGCAUGAUUAUUUUGAUGAGAUUCUUAACAAGUCCCAAAAGGAAGCUAUUGAUGCUGGUCUAUCGCAUAAGGUUUUUGUUCUGAUACAGGGCCCUCCUGGAACUGGAAAAACACAGACCAUCAUUGGACUUCUUAGUGCUAUUUUGCAUGCAACUCCAGCAAGAGUGCACAAGGUCAGACUGCGUGAAAUAAACCGUAAACCAGAUCCACCUAUUCAAAAAAGAUAUAAGCAUUGGGAACAUGCAUCUCCAUGGUUAUUUGGUGCUAAUCCCAGAGACAUUAUUAUGCCUAUUGAUGGUGAUGAUGGUUUCUUUCCUACCACUGGGAAUGAGUUGAAACCAGAGGUUGUCAAUUCAAGCCGAAAAUAUCGUGUACGGGUGCUAGUAUGUGCCCCGUCAAACUCUGCCCUUGAUGAGGUUGUGUUUCGCCUUCUAAAAACUGGCAUUCGAGAUGAAACUGUUCAUACAUAUACCCCAAAAGUUGUGCGCAUUGGUCUUAAACCACACCAUUCAGUUGAGGCAGUCUCCUUGGAUCACCUUGUUAAUCAUAAGCGAAACUUGGCUGGUGACAAACAGAAACAAGGGGCCACAGGAGGGGAUCUGGAUAGUGUUCGUGCCACAGUCUUGGAUGAAGCUGUCAUUGUAGUGGAACUGGUGCUUGAUAAUGGUGGCUAUUCUUUUGGACAUUGUGCUGUUGUAAUGAUUGGUGAUCCAGUUCAACUGCCUGCUACUGUGAUUUCUCCCAUUGCCGAGAAAUUUGGCUAUGGAACAAGUUUGUUCAAGAGAUUUCAAAGGGCUGGUUACCCAGUUAACAUGCUGAAGACCCAGUAUCGAAUGCAUCCUGAGAUUAGAAGCUUUCCUUCGAAGGAGUUCUACAAUGAGGUACUAGAGGAUGGAUCUGAUAUUCAAAAUCAGACAAAUCGUGGCUGGCACAAAUUUCGAUGUUUCGGACCAUUUUGCUUUUUUGAUAUACAUGAAGGAAAAGAGUCACAGCCAUCAGGAAGUGGCUCUUGGGUAAAUGAGGAUGAGGUUGAGUUUGCCCUCAUCAUGUAUCAUAAAUUUAUAACCAUGUUUCAGGAGCUUAAAUCAAGCUCUCAGCUAGCAAUUAUAAGCCCCUACGGACAUCAAGUAAAGCUUUUUCAAGAGCGAUUUCGGGAUACUUUUGGGGUGGAAUCCAAAAAAGUUGUUGAUAUUGGUACAGUUGAUGGUUUCCAGGGACGUGAAAAGGACGUUGUAAUAUUUUCUUGUGUUAGGGCAAAUAAAAACAGAGGCAUCGGCUUUGUGUCUGAUUUUCGGCGAAUGAACGUUGGAAUUACCAGAGCAAAGUCUUCUAUACUGGUAAUAGGUUCUGCCUUAACCUUGAGGAGUGAUGAACACUGGAAAAACUUAAUAGAAAGUGCUCAGAAGCGAGGAUGUUUCUUUAAGGUCUCCAAGCCGUUUGCUUCAUUUUUCAGCAAUGAAAAUUUGGAGUCUAUGAUGGUGAAGGAUGCGGAUGCACGAGUGCCAGAGAGGAUUGGUGCUAAUGAUAAUGAAAAUAAUGCACCAGAGAACAAUGCUGAGGAUGCUGACCAAGGGCCACCAGAUGACCAUGACUAUGGGGAUGAGGAUGUAGAAAUGUAUGAAGGAGGCUUUGAGGAGGACUAGCUUCCCAGUCUGCGGUUGAGUGCACAUUCACACAACAUCAGGCGCUUAAAUUUUUGUUGCUUUAGUUCAUUAAAAAACACACAAAAAA